AUGGCAUCUCUGUUCUAUCCAAAUCGCAACAAGAAUGGUAGUGGAAAGAGCCCCGGCGACGGUCAGGAUGGUCCGCAACCAAAGAAAAGGUGCCUACGCAGGCUCACCAGCCGGCAGGCAGAAAUACUGGAGGGUUUCUUUAGCGUCUGCGCACAUCCUGAUGAAACUCAAAGGAUCCAGCUAGCUGCUAUGACUGGCCUUGGGUUGCAUCAGGUGAAGUUUUGGUUCCAGAACAAGAGAACCCAUGUAAAGCAUUUAAGUGGCAAAGAAGAGAACUACAGGUUGAAAGUGGAGAAUGAAAUGCUGAGGGAGGAAAACGACAUGUUCAAGCAGGCACAGAACAAUGCUCUCUGUCCCAGAUGCACUAAUGAUCCAGGGUUCCUCCAGAUCCUCAAGGAACUGGAACAGGUGAAAGCGCAAAAUCAGAUGCUGCAGCAAGAGUUGCAGCAGAUGCGUAUCGACAAUGAAGCCCGUCUGACCAUGCGUCCACCUAUCCGCGUAUUCCAUCUUGAGCCCUCGUCCGGGAAUGCCUUUGGAAUGCAGGAUGAAGUCCAGGCGCUUACUGAAGUAGCCAAGAGCGCGGCGCAUGAGCUUUUCAUUCUGAGUGACUCCAGCAGCCCUCUGUGGCUGGCUGUUCCUGGUGGUUCAUUCCAAGUACUGAACAGGAUGGCCUACGCCCAAAUGUUUCCUGGGCAGAUGGGUGUAGGUACCAUUGGGUUGACGGCAGAAGCUACCCGUGCCAGCGCUGUGGUCAUGCUGGACCCCAAAAGCAUUGUGGAAUUUCUAAUGGAUAGUGGGAGCUUUGGACCCUUCUUCCCUGGACUCAUGUCCGGUGCAGCGACCAGCACCAAGGUCUACAACUGGCCUCAGAAUAGCGAGGCAGGCUACGAUGGGGCUAUGCAGCUGCUGACUGUCGAGAUGGUGUUCCCAUCGCCUCUGGUGCCGGUUAGGAAAUGCACCUUCCUGCGCUACUGCAAGAGGCUGGAGCUGGGAGCCAUGGCUGUCGUCGACGUGUCUUUGGACGACGGUGCCAAGUGCCAGAAGAUGCCAUCAGGAAUACUGAUUCAGCCCAUAAGGCACAACAGCUGCAAGGUCACCGCCAUCGAGCACGUUCGAGUAGAUGGCAGUGGUACCCAUGAGCUCUUCCAGGCAUGCCUGAGCGGCCUCCUCUUCGGCGCCAGGCGCUGGGUGAUGAGCAUGGCGCGGCAGUCCGCGCGGCUCAGGGACGUGUUCCAUGUCACCAACUGUACCCUGGACGUCACUUCAAGGGGGAGGAAGGCCAUCAUGAAGCUGGCAGACAAUCUGCUGGCCAACUACACCGGCAGCAUCGCCGGCCUCCCCGCGGACGACUGGAGCGUCCAGUGCGGCGAGGGCACGGAGGAAGACGUCAAGAUUGCGUACAGAAGGAACGACGACGGCAGCAACACCGCGAUCGUGUGCACGAGCGCGACGUUCCUGCUGCCGCUGCCCAUGAGGAUGGUGUUCGACCUGCUCAAGAGCAACUUGCUGCGUGUCAAGUGGGAUGUCCUGGUGAAUGGAGGCUGCGUGAAGGAGGUAGUCCGUGUGGCCAAUGGCGUCGGAAGUGAAGAUGCUGUCUCCAUCCUGCAUGUCAAGCAUGGCAGCGGGGCAAACAAGGAAACCAUGAUGAUCCUCCAGAACAGCUGCUACGAUGCGUCUGGAUCAUUCAUGGUCUACUCCUCUCUUGACAAACAUGUGAUGGAGAUGAUCACGAGCCCGGGCGGCGAAGAGGCGAUGAGCAACAUUGCGCUCUUCCCCGCCGGCUUCUCCCUUGUCCCCCUCGCCGACCCGGCGAAUGCUGGCUCUCCCAUUGGAGAGGCUGGGGGAACUGUGAUGACUGCAGGGUUCCAGAUUCUGAUGAAGCUGGCCCGUGGGACUGGCCUGUGCCCUCGGUCAGUGUCGUCGGCGAUCAAGAUCAUGACGGAACACAUUGAAGCUAUCAAAGACACGCUGCAGAACAGCCACCCUGUUUUCUACAAGACGAUCCAGUCUCCCAACUAGACUGUAGCAAGGGAGAAGAGGGAGGUCCAACGCUUGUGGAGGCUGCUACUCAAAACAAGAAAUCUGGAAGGGAAUCCAUCAGCUUUGAUCGCCUGUAUUUCUCCCGGCAAUACCGUUUAUUAUAUAUAAUAAAAACUUAGUCUUCGUUCC